AUGGCUGAAGCUUUCAAAGGACUAGCGCUAUGUAAGCAAUUUAACGCAGAGAUGAUGCGGAGAAAAGUUAGAAGAUCUUCGUUGGAUACUGCAGUUGAAACCAUGAAAUUAAUACGAAAGUUUGUUGUAAAUGAGAAGUACAAUAGUGUUGAGGAAAUGCUUAAUAUAAUAGCUGAUUAUCUACACUUCUUAGGCCAAACGUUCCCUUCAGAAUUAGUCUUGAGAAACGCUUUUCUCAUCUUCAAAAAGCUUGUGAGAGAAGAAUCUACUCGUAUUCUUGAAGAAACUGAUGAAGAGUCUGCUGUUGAUUCGCUCACAAAUCUUUGGCAUGACAAGAAGAAGUAUGCUGACCCUGCCGAUAUGAAAAAGCUGAAAAAGAAUCUGAUUGAAUCAAUUAAAGAGGUCGUUCUGGAAAUGGAAGGUUGUAGAGAGUGUGUAGUAUCUCGAGCUGUUGAUCUAAUCCAGUCUAGAGAUGUUCUUAUUAUUUAUGCUUUAAACAGUUCACCAACUUUGCAAGCUUUCGUUGAUAAUAGAAAACAGAAAGUUCGCAUUUUCUCAGUUGUUGAUAGUACAGAAAUUGAAUCAUCCCCUGAUUAUCUAUCUCCCGUAACGCUGUGUGAUGUCGGAGGAAAAAUGUGUGAAGUUACUAAGGUAUUCUUGCCAGGUGUUGCCGUUUUCCCUGACGGAUCUUGUUUGGUUCCUGCUGGAGCUCUCUCUAUAUGUCUGUCCGCUCAGCGACACUCAGUGCCUGUCAAUGUUUUAAUUUCUUUCUAUAAGAUAACACCUUUCUUCGUGCCCGAUCUUUCCGAAGUCAAUCCUAUGCAAGGACCUGGACUACCAUUUGCAUGUGCCAAGAAGAUAACAGGGAAAGUCCAAGUAAUCCAGCCCGCAUUUGAUGUGCUUCCUGCUUCAUUAGUAUCUAAUUAUGUCACGAACACAUCGUCCAUACUUCCUUCGCAUGUUUACAGGCUUAUUGGGGAUUAUUAUCAUAAGGAAUAA